AUGGAGACACUGCUGAGGGUGUUCCAUUGGUUGGAUGGGAAACUGGACCUCGGGUCCGAGCUAUGCAUGGAUGAGGAGGGAAUCGACGACCCCGCGGCAGUCAAUCGAUAUCGCGAUAGCGAUGAGCUACGGUACACCCUCUUCUCUCCCUCCUUCCGCGCCACCUCUCCCUCCCUUCCCCUGCCCCUUCUU